AUGGAUGCAACGGAAGAAGAGGUUGCUAGACAAUUGUGGAAGGAACAAUUUGCGCAGGGUGAGAGGAGGAUAGGGGAGAUGGAUAUGCAAGAUAGAGGGAUGGGAAGUGGGAGUGCGAGUGCGAGUGUGGGGAGGGGGAUUGGUGGAUUGAAUUUGGAUGGGUUGGGCGAGAAGGAGAGAGAGGGAGGUGUGAGGGUAGAAGGAGAAGGUGGUGGGAUGGAGUUUGCGGGAUAUGUGAAUGCUGGAUUGGGGAACGGAAGUGGAAGUGGACAGUUUGGGGGAAGAGAAUCGGGACUUGAGGAGAAUGAAGUGGUUUUAGAGGGGCCGUUGUUGGCGUUGAGAGAAGCUCUACUCGAAGGACGAUUCUCAGACUUGACAGUCUUCCAUGGUGUGCGAGUAUGGAAUGCGCAUAAAGUAGUCGUGUGUUCCCAAUCACCGGUUUUGGAGAGUAUGAUUGAUAAUACCGGAGUUUGCAAUAUGUUCGGCUCCCCCACCAAACCCAGCAUCCUCAACCUCUCCUCCUUCCCCCUCGACUCCAUCAUCGCACUCCUAGAAUACCUCUACACAUCCGCAUACUCGAUCCCCUCUCCUCCACCCAACACCUCCCCCUCAUCCUCCACCUACCUCUCCGGCCCCACCUACUCUCUCCCCCUCCACGAACAAAUCUUCUACCUCGCCUCACACCUGCAAAUUCCCGCGCUGGAAACCCUCGCCGCGGUAUCCUUUCGUCACACACUGCAUACGCAAAUCUCAGACCUAGAUAUCUAUUUCGACUGCAUCAAGCGGAUCUAUGGGAAAACGACGAGGAAGAAUCCAGGAUUGAGAAACGCGUUGGUGGAAGCGGCGGUACAGGAGUUAGAGGGAAUGCUAGGGAAUGAAGAGGUGAAGGGGAAGCUUUGGAGGGUGAUGAGUGAGAAUGGGGAGUUUUGGGAAGAGGUACUGAGAGCGUUGGGGAGGAGGACGGAGGUUAGAGUGAAGGAGGUGAUUAGGGAGGUGAGGGUUCCGGUGGAGGUAGAGGUGGAGAAGAUUGUGGAGAGGGUUGUUGAGCGGGAAGUUGCGGGAGAAGCAGAGGAUGACGAAGAGGAAGAUGGCGAGGCGGAAAAAGACUGGACUCUAUGUCCGGAUUGUGGACCCAGAGAUGAAGGAGAGGAAUAUGAGUUCAAGUGCGCUUGUCGAGAAUGCGGGGUUGAGAGGAUAUUGAGCUUUUCUUAA